AUGUCUAAUUUUGAGAUUUUAACGACUACUAAUCUAGUUCCGAUUAUCCCAAAUGUGUUCUCAGUCCUCGUAGUCAGUAAUGGACCUUUAUUUACUCGUCGUUGGAUGAUCAUGCCUAACCUCACUCCCAUAUCCUUAGUAUCUGUCGUCAAACUUGUGGUUAUUGCCGGGAAAAGAGCCUGCAAGACAGCAGCAAUAAAUAUACAUAUGAUUGCAAAUAUGUGCAUGCCAGCUAUUGUUUCAACAGCCGCGCAGCAAUGGCUAAAUGCACUUUGCGAAACUGAAAGGGAUGAGGAUGUUGAAAAGUCUUGUAGUAAGAUCUCCCAUUGGAUCGGGGAUAAUUCGAUUGAAUAUUCCAAGUCCAUUCAGGGCCAUCAGUGA